CUUCAUAAACGUGUUGGAUUUCAGUGGCUCCUGAAGACAGUUUAUUAGAACGUUGGUAAACAAGUUGUAAUUGUAACAUCCUUUCCAAGGAUGGUCUGUGAGUCAGGCAACUUAGAAGAAAACCAACAAGUACAUAGUAGGCCAAUUUAGCUGGAUCAAAAACGAAUAUGUAUUAGAAUUUUUUUAAAGAUUUAAAGAGAUCAUUGAUUAGAUAACUUUCUUUUGAAGUUAGCAAUGUGUCUUCUCUCUCUCUUUUCUUUUCUGUACAGAAUAUGGACUUUGCCACAAGAAGAUGGUUUUGCCUACCACUGGGGUGCAUGGUGCUGAUCAAUCUGAUUAAUGCCGAUUUUGAAUUUCAAAAGGGAGUGCUUGCCAGCGCCAGCCCAGGGAUCACGGGAGACAUUGACCUCCAGUGCUGGAAUGCUUGCUCUUUGACUUUGAUAGAUUUCAGGGAACUCAAGAUAGAGUACAGUGUGGAUGCUUUCUGGAACUUCAUGUUGUUCUUGCAAAAAUUCCAGCGGCCUAGAUAUUACAAUGUCUUCUUAAGCAUAGCUCAGGAUUUCUGGGACAUGUACGUAGACUGCUUGCUUUCAAGAUCUCAUGGAAUGGGCAGAAGAUAGGUGAUGCCUCCUAGUAUAAUUUUCCACAGAAGAUCACAGGAGGAUUGGAUUUUACCAAAUGUAAAUUUUACAUUUAGAGAGAACAUGGAAAAUAUCUCCAGCAAGAUGACACCAACUUGAAAAUUUAAUUCUGUCAGUAUUAAUGAGGUCAAGUAUUUCCUGCAGUAUUUAUCAAAAUUGUUAUUUCUAAUUAUUUAAUAUUAAUGGUUGUAAUUUUGUUGAUGUGUGUAAUUGCUUUAUGGCCAUUGAUGAUAAUUUCCAUCUUUUCAGGUGAUUUGUUGUUUCUUACUUACAAGGCAUCUUUAUAAAGCGUCUUUUAAAAAUUCCACUUAAAAUGCAAAUGUAACAUUUUUUUAUGCAGCAUUCAAAGGAGUAAAAUUAUAAUCAAUUUUAUAAGGUAUCUUAUACAUAACUUUGAUUUUAAAAUUGUGCCAGACUAAUGCCAGUAUUGUCCUAAAAAUAUUUAAUUUUGAUGUAGUGUACUGUGUGGCUUUGAUAUGUGCAUUUUAUCACUGAGC